AUGUUCCGCAAUGAUUGGCAACUGUCGAUGAACUCCAAGACUUUUGAUGCACUGGACUGUUCUUUGUUUCGAAACUUCAAGGCAAUGACGGUGAUCAACUACGCGUUCUUUGUGCUUUUCUUGACGGGCCUGAAAAUCGCACUGUUCGUUUCAGACGUUUACACUUGCAUCAAGCUUUUGGCUUUCAAUACAUGGUCCAAUAACAUAAUUCAGCCAUAUAUCCCGUUUCGAAUUAGCAAGUGGCUGUUCAGCGGGUGCAUUUUGGCCUCGGUGGUGCUGAUCCUUUGGGAAGUGGCCAACGGGAUCCGAAUCUAUCGUACGCGCAACAUCUCGCUCACGUAUGUCAACAACUUCUCGCGGGGCGUUUACUCGCUCAGCCAAUACAACAAAUUCUGCGUGUACGACCGGAUCGCGCCGCAGGGUGCGUUCCAGAAAGUAGCGUUUUUCACGUUUUUCGAGCUCAAGGACUGUCUACGAUUACUGGUCACCGAUACACCACGCCAGGUCAUCAACGGGCUCACACUGUGGUCAGUCCUGGUCUCGCGUACACAUGACAAUUUGGGCCAACUCGAAAACAUCAACGGUCUCUUGGCCAAAAUAAAGACUAUAGCGCAAACGAACCGCGAAGAAGCAGUGUUGUUAUCUUUCAUGCUGUUUUCGUUCGUGAUCUGGGCGUUUUUCAUGUCCAAAUUUGUCGCUGCCUGUAUUUGCUCCCUCUAUGUGUACUACAGGCUUCUUAAAGACAGAAAACGCGGCCUCAAAGAGUUUGUGUGCGUCACAGUAAGCGAACACGUCAACUUCCUUGUCGAAAAGUAUAGAGGGAAACGCUACGGUACAUCAACAGCCCUGGAUGAUUCAACAUAUAGAUUGGACGAAAACAACUUCACUAUCAAUGCUUCCACAGCAGAUUUGCUGUCGAAACCGACUCUGGAUACCGAUUUGGAAGCAGGCCAUCCAAAGGGCCGUCCCUUCCCAUAUAUGUCUCCAUUUGGCGACUCUAAAACCACUUUGACUCUCAGAACUGAUACAUUCGUGGACUCUGACACUUCUGGUGAGCUCCAGCGAGUACCCAACAUGUCAAGUGAGUUCUUGAGAGAUAUGCAAGAAGAAGAAAUUAAACAUUCGAGCGAUUUGUCAAGGCAGGCGCCAAAUUCAAGACCAUUUGUCUCAGAUUCAUCAGCGCCACUGCUUCGAGACUUACAAACCGAGCCAAACGUGCGUGAAGAUCUACCCCAAGAUGGAAGCAGUCCAGUGCAACCGCUUUCGCCAAUUGUCAACCUGAACAAUGCCAACCUGAGGAUAGACGCUUUCAAUAAGGUAUCCAAAUACUCAAAAGUCAGUACACCGGAAAGAGCGUAUUUUGGCGAAUCAGAAAAUGGGUUUCCAGUGCGAAAUGUGAGUUUGUUAGAUAGACGAGACCGAAUUGAAAACGAAGAUUACGAAUAUUAUACAAGAAAAGGCGAAUGA